GUAUACCCUCCCUUUUGCCAGAGCGACUUCCUUGUUAUAUUUAUCACAAUUCCCCUUAAUGUACAGUGUUCACAGGGGAAAUGCGCGUGCUAGUACGCUUUCAAGUUCAUAAAGUUGAUGCGCUGAAAAGAAUACGUAAAGGCGCGAAAUACGAGAUUGCGCACCUCGAUCUUCAUUUAGUAAAAAAAAAAAAAAAAAAAACGCAUUCUACAGCCAAGAAAGGAUGUUUUUCGAUAUAGUGUCUGCCUUUCGUUCCAGAAGAAUGAUGAUGUUCGUAGUGACUACGCUGGUUAUCCCUUCCCUGACUCUUUCAGGUGACCCGUGUACAGUGCAGAAAAUUGAAGUCAACAAAGAGCCCGUGCUGGAGACCUAUGUUAAUUACACCUUCGUCGGACCAACUAACUGUUCUUCUCUCAGGUGUAAUGGACCGAUCAGUACUGUGUCUGUCAUACCAUGCCAUGACACCAGUCGCCAGCUGUACUCCUUUUCGAUUCAGAAAAAUAAGAGAUCUGGCCUGAAAUGCGUCAAAAACAGAGGCUGUGUGAGACUGAAGUGUGGCUCCAUCACGUCGGAUCCCGUGCACGUCAGCGGCAUCGUCAGGAACAUCAGUAUAAGCAAGCCGUUUUUCAGGAGCGACAAGACACUAGAAAUGACCUUCGCCUCCUACGAACAAGUGAGACACUGGACCAUAGUGGUGAAGGACGAGGCUGGGAAGCUCUUGGCACUGAAGGUAACUCGGGGGGCAGCAGACCAGCACGUGAUUCAUAGUCAGUACGUGCUCGGCAAAACCUACACGCUGUUGGUGUUCCCAGUACUGAAUAAGCCAGAUAGUGACUGCAAGAUAAGAUUCAUAAAGAAAAUUAUCUUUAACGAAACCACAAAUACACACAAAGGCGAAAAACCGGCGGACCCGAACCAACUGAAAAUCAGCCUCGCCAUCGUUUUCCUGCUUGUGGUCCUCGCCAUAUCCUGUCUCGUCUGGAGAAGUAGCACUCGGGUUCAGAGGCGGCCGGAUUUUAAUGCCCGGCUGGAACUGUUGCCUUCAAUGGACGUCUUGCUGGUUCACACCAACGAGUCUUCGGAACUUCGAGACAGAGUCGGAGAUCUCACGAAAACGCUUCAGAAAAACAGGAAGAAAGUAUACGAUAUCUACAGCGACGGAGAUUGCACGAUGAGGCACGACCCCCAGGCUUGGCUGUUUAGCAAGAUUCACUCGGAGGUGUGGCUGGUUCUCGUCUUCACGCGGGCGUUGGGGGACCUCUACGCGCAUCUCGCCGCUAAUCCAGAUUUCGUAGAGCCCCACAAGAUCCUGCACCGACCCCCCCACGCCUACGACGGGAACCUGGUGACUGUCUUGAAAUUCCUUCUCGACCAGCAAGACGACAGCCGAUGGUUAACCGUAAGAUUUGACGACCUGGAGGCAGAGGAGUCGUUCGUGGAUUGCGGUCCUCACGUCCUGAUAGGCGCCAGGGUCUUCAGGAUCCCUACGCACGAGAAGGACCUACUACAGACACUCAACGCCUGAGGGAUAAAUAUUGGCUUAAAUGAACGCAAACGCAGACCAUAGUGACGCAUGUGCGAAGGCGAGUUAUAAGUAUUGACUUAAAUGAACGCAGAUGUGAAUAUAGUAACGUAUGUGCAAAGUUGAGAUUGAAAA